GCAGCAUACAGAAAUCGUCACUCAAUCCUUAGACUGGAACAGGCAACUUAGAACACACAACACAACAGACACACACUUCCUUAUCGUGUGCCAAUUUGAUUCACUGCCAUUAUCGAAAUGGCUUUUAUGUCGCGACGUAAUCCUAAAGGAAAAUUGGUGCAGCGGAAAUUGCUGUCCGGCAGUCCUGCAAGUGGACCCGGAAACCCAAUGCCCGAGUGGCGCGACCUAAGCAAAUCGGAUGAAGGAUUGACCGAUCAAAUACUUGUGGCAGGCAUAGACACAGACUCCACCGAGAGCACCAAGCAGAAGAAGGAUCGUCAAAGGCAGCUGAACUAUGAUGCGUGGGUGCAGCUCAAGGACAAGGAGAAGAAACAGAAGAUUCUGGCCGAAAGACGUGAAAGUGAGAGACUCGAAAGGGCAAACAAAGAGCGCAUGGAGGAGUCCCACAGGAUGGUCGGAGAGUGGAACCUUAAGAAGGAGCAGCAGAUCCACGAGGAGCGACACAAGAAGCCUUUUGUCAUCCCCCAGAAGUACAGGGCCACCUAUGUGAGAUGUCCACGGGAGACUCCAGAGGAGCGCAGAGAGCGCAUUCAGGCAUUGGCGCGCCUCAAUCACAUCAAGGCGCAGCGCCUUGCUCGCCAGCGUGAGGAGCAGGAGAAGCUUCAGGAGCGUCGUUAGAUGGCAGAGGGAGCCUUUUCCAACCAGAUGAAGAACGUGCAGAACCGCCACAAGAGGCUUCCUCCGCGACACACAACCCAAAAAGAAAUAUUUUUACAUUAUUUGAAAUAGUUUUUUGAUGCUGCAUCAUUGGUGUUCCUGCCACUAAUCCAAUCAAGAGGAAACGCCACUAAUAUUGUCCUCAUCUGUUCAAUCCAUCAAAUAUUCCUCCGACCUUUCUCAAGAUUUUGUGGACAAUCUAUGAGGUGGAAGACGACAUUCCAUCACAGAAUGAAAGACGUUCUGGACAUGCAAGAAACAUUUCAAGACGCCCUCCCCUGUGUCUUUAUUUUUC